UACGUCAAUCACAUCACAGUCGGCUGCAAAUGAUACUGACGGUAUUAUUUUUAGUUCGGUGGUCGUGUAUUUAUGUUGAAAUAAUAAAGAUAUGUUUCCGUUUUAUUUUUUAAGAAUAUUAUUUUUCGUGGACUGGUUGCCGUGUUCAAGACUUCACCUACUACUACACAAAUCUAAUAUUUGUGGAAACGAUUGACGAGGUCAGGCGGCCAAGUGUCAGUCGGAUGAAAAUGUACCAGGAGCGGGUGGAUACCAUGUGCCAGUGGUUCGACCAGUGGGAUAUCAGCGGUCAAAUGGUUGCUCUGUUCAAGAUGGUAACCAGAGUGAAGCCCACCCAAGCUCGCUUUCUCUCUAUUGCGCUGGAGAAUUGUCUGACUGAGUGUGCUGAGGUCGCCCUGCGAGAGCAAGAGGCCAACAACCCUGGAUACAUCAGCAAUUUGCUGAAUGAACCUAAGGAGAGAGCUAUGGAUGAAUUGCUGCUACAUUUGCCCCUGUUGAGACCAGGAAACAAGGAGGCCAAACACAUGUACCUAGGGGUGUUACCUGUGGUGCUCAACCAUGCCCUGGACAAUAACUUGUACCUGGAGAAAGCUACACAGCUGUUGGUGUAUAUUCUCAUCCACCCUGCUCUCAAGGAGGAUCGUUGCACGUUCGAUGUGUGGCGCAAGUCUUUGGAGGAUAGGAUCAUGAAUAUCGGAGUUAAUCCUGCAGUGACCAAUACAGAGGCGACUGACUCUGCCCAAGGGAAAAUCAGACGCAGCAACAGCCUGACUCCCCCAUUUGCAGUCACUCCUAGCAACGAGUUAUGGACCUCUCAGGAUGAUCUGUCUGUGGUGAGGAGGUCGUCAGGACGCCGGUUCUCCCUGUCACUGUCUGAAGGACCUCCCCUCUCCCCACAGUCCUCCCAGGCAUCGUCUGGCAGUGGUUCAGAGACCCACUUGGACGAUCUGCGACCAGGGUUUGAAGCAGUCGGCAUGAAAGAUGUGCGUCCAUGGCUCAAAACGCUUAGGCUUCACAAGUACUCCCGACUGUUCUCUCAGUUGACCUACGCGCAGAUGUUGAGUUUGACUGAGGAGACGUUUGAAGCGACUGUAGAGUCUGUAGAAGCUGGACCUGUCACUCUGGGGGCACAGCGCAAGAUACUUCUUUCUAUUGCCAAGCUGCGGGACCGUUAUGCCAACUUAUGUCAUCUUGAACAGGAAAUCACAGAGGGUAGUGGAAAAAACUUGCUGUCAGCCAUGGAUGAUGUGAAGACUAUACUGUUGACACCCCUCAAACCCCAUGAAGACACCGACCAGCCUCCUGUUGAUGACCUGCCUUCGCAGAUCACUAGAGUUCUCUAUAAAGUCUGCACUCUGCUGCUUGUUUGUGGAGUCAUGGAUGAUGAAGCCCUCACCACAUUUGUGAACCUGUUGGACACUGCACUCUACCUGGAUGCCUUCACAACUCAACAGAAGAAUAAGAUAAGGUCAUGGAAGUUGCAGAUCUCACAGCACAUCUCUCAGAUCAGGCAGCAGCAACAACAGUAUGGGUACUUGUCUGUGCCACCUGCCAGAUUUCCUCAGCCUGUGAGCCGCCCGUUAUCUGCCCACCCCUUGCGUCACAGUCCCCUGCGCUCACAUCCCCACCACCACACUCAGAGCUUCCUGGCCAAGCGUCCCAGCCUACAGGACAGCCCGUCUGAGGUCAGUUUCUGGCCUGCUGACUGUCAAUAUGGAAGUGCUGAGGAGCCAGGCCACAGCUAUGUCCAGCGCACACACUCUGCUCCCCCCAAUCCCCCGCCAGAGGCCCCAUCUGACACUGACCCAGAGCUCAACUCCCGACUCGAGCGCCUUUGUCUUCGCAUGACUGAGCAGAGUCUGGAACUUUAGUCUGGACGUUUCUCUUGUAACUAUUUUUGUACCUUUUCUAGAUUUAAUGUCAAUUUGUCAUCGCUUUGGGAAAACUUCAAUUCAAAAGCGUACAAUCUUUCACUGUAUGUUAUAUUGUACUGUGAUGCAAAAUAAUUGUCUUUAUUAUAUUCUUUUAUAAUUUAACCGUCUCAAUUUCUAACUAAUUUUACUGCAUGUUUUAUUUUUCAUAAUUCUUUUGCACUCCACCAGCGUACACCAGCUUGUGUACUUUUCACUAUUAAUUUUGAUCUCUUAGAAGUUUUCAUCUCAUUUGUAAUAGCUUUAAGGUUAUUCAAGUCUGGUAUUAUUGUAUCGAGGCUAAAAAACUACUCAAACUAGAUUAUGUGGGUUGUAAAUAUUUGUAAUGUGUAAGUGUAAGGUUCUCUUGGAUGUUGCCUAGUUUGAGUGGGAAGUGUUAAACGUUGUUGUUGUCAGUGGAUCCGUGUUCUGUAAUUGUUUCAAAAGUUCAGUUAAAACUCGAAGGCAUUGCUUCUAUAUCACUGUUGGAAAUAAACAUGAAACACAUGUUUAUCUGAAAUUUAGAACAAAGGUUAUUUCGUUAUUGUGCUAUUGGGUGUUUAAAUUUGUGUUACAAUAUUAUUGAAAUAUUAAUAAUUGAAUUUGAAUUAUACAUGUCAUAUUUCCGAAAUAUAUGUUCUUGCUGACAAUGUGUUGCUGCACUUUCUUCGUCAAUACUAGUGUUUUGAUACCUGACCAGUGGUAUGAAUUAUGCCUUACCAUGUGAAUAGUAUAAUAGGCUGCUAUUGGGCUAUCUGAUUCUGUUGACUCAAUGGCCUAAUGAAGACUGAAUGAAUAAUAGUCAGCUAUAUUUAGGGGUAGAUAUUAGUUUCAUCUUGAUGUAGGUUUCCUUUAUGAAAAAGUGUCUUGACUUUUACUAUGUUUUCGUUGUAUUUUAAUAUAGUUUGUAAUUUUAGGAUGCACGGUUUAUGUGCUGACUAGUUGAUUAGCUUUCUGUUGUAAUCAGAAAUUUUUAUUGUUUUUGAUAAUUUUAUGUUUAGGUUAUUGUGAUUGAUUAGUUUUAAUUUUACAGAGUUAUGUGAUCUGUAAUUGGUAUUAUUUAUUGUCGUUAGUGGAAUUCUGCAAUCACUGAGCCAGUGCUAGUCUCUGUAUUAGCUUUAUUUCAUUAUGUGAUGCUUAUAGAAAUUGUUAUUUUAUUAUUGAAUUUGGGUUUGUGCAUUUACGAAAGUUGUGCAAUACGGGAUGGUUGUGUACUGUGAUUGAUGUGUUGUAAAUACUUAAAUUUAAUAUAUUAAGAUGCGUGUUGCUUAGGAUUAAGUUUUUUACUAUUAUUUUUAUUGUAAAAUAAUAUUGUUUUGCUUAAUUUGUUUGUUAUUAAAAGAAAGUGAGAGGUACAACCAGUUACAAGAUGUGUUGCCUGUACUGUACAUCCUGUUGUGCACAUAAUGUAUUAUAUGUUUCUACCAGGUCAUAAUUCUGUUGUAUUUAAUAUUGUUGUAUUAAUUUAAACAAACAAUGUUUAUACCUGUUAUAUUGUAAUAAAUUUGGCUAUCAAAAUCUA